AAGAUCUGAAAUUUUGUGUGAGAUUCCUCAGAUACAAACGCUUCCAACGAGCCUAUGCUCGACCCAAACCAUCGCUGGAAUUUGGUGCAGUUUCAGAUUUCACAGAUACUGUAAAACGAAAAAAACAGUAACCAAAGAAAAAUGCUUAUCUCUUCAACGAAUGCUCCAAUCUGAAAUUUUGCAGGAAGAAUCCUUAGAUGCAGACGAUUUCAACGAGCCUAUGCUUGAUCAAAACCGCCACCGAAGUUGACAGCGCCGGUGGCUGAAAUCUGCCGCGGUUUCAAAAUUUAGAGGUAAACUUGCUCUGAUAUCAUGUAAAGAAAAAGAAGGACAAAAAACAAGCAAGAUUUAAUUCGGUCUACUGAGACCUACAUCGACGACAAAAGCUCCACACUUAUUUUGUAUUUUUCAUUGUUGUUUUGGGCAAAAGCAAUACACGUGAUAUAUGUCCACCAAAAUGCUUAACGACUCUCUCACAAGGCAAUACAAUAAUAGAAACUAUGAUAGAGAACGGUAUUAUGCCCAACUAGUGGAAACCAAAAUUUCGAUGUAAGAGCAAGCAAUCUAGUUUGGGUGGAAGCAGAACAAGCUAAAGAAGAUCUGAUCGACGGUGCAUCGACUGCAAUGAAGGUGGUGGUGUUCCCCGCGCCCUUCCAUGGCCAUCUACCUCCCAUGAUCCAACUGGCCAAGCGCUUGGCUGUCCAAUGCCCUGGUCUGUCCUUCACCAUCAUAUUCAUGAGCACCCCCCUCUUCUCCACUGCCAACGCUGCCGCCAGCAUCGCUGCCGAUAAGGCCUCCGGCGUCGGCAUCGAUUCGAUUGACCUCCCGCCGGUGGAACUCGCUAACCCUGAGAAGAUCAAACCCUUGACUCGGUUAUCGCUCUACACAGAAUUGCAUCGGCCGUCGCUCUCCGACGCGCUGCGGUCCCUGCAGGCCUCCUCCACCCCCAUCUCGGCCUUCCUCAUCGACUUCUUCUGCACCAACGCCAUCGACGUCGCCACGAGCCUCGGCAUCCCAACCUACAUCUUUUUUACGUCCAGCGCCGUUCAGUUGGCGCUGAUGCUCCACCUCCCGAAGCUCGACCUUGAAACAAAGCCGGAGUUUCGGGAGCUGACGACAAAGCUCGAAGUUCCGGGAAUGUUGCCGGUGGAUCCUCGGGAUCUGCCGGUGGCCACCUUGCUAGACCGGAAGGACGACGAAUACCAGUGGUUCCUCUACCACUGCAAGCGCUUGCCAGAGGCAAGAGGCAUCCUCGUGAACAGCUUCCGUGAACUGGAGCCGACGGCCUUCAAGGCGUUGGCAGAAGGGGAGUGCCUUCCCGGUGGUCGGACUCCAGCAGUGCAUGCCGUGGGCCCGAUGAUCGGUAAUCCCGGAACCACGUCUGGCGUAGGAGACCCGAGCCACGAGUGCCUCAAGUGGCUGGAUGAACAUCCAGAUGGGUCAGUGGUAUUCCUCUGUUUUGGCAGCCGGGGAGCGUUUGCAGCGGAGCAGAUCAUGGAGAUUGCGCGAGGGCUCGAGCUCAGCGGGCAGCGGUUCCUUUGGUCGGUGCUGCCGCCGUCUCACCGGCGGCCGGGGGUCUCCAUCCACCCAACUGUGGAUCCCUUUGAGGCUUUGCCCACUGGAUUCAUAGAGCGGACCAAAGGGCGAGGCCUGGUCUGGAGUGGGUGGACACCGCAGGUGGCCAUUCUCUCGCACCGGGCCACGGGUGGGUUCGUGUCACACUGCGGGUGGAACUCGAUCCUGGAGAGCAUCUGGUGUGGGGUGCCCCUGAUUGCCUGGCCCUUGUACGCAGAGCAGAGAAUGAACAAGGUAGAGGUGGUAAGGGACUUGGGAGUGGGGUUAGGCCUGGAGAAGGAGUGGGGCGGCACAGCUGACGGCGGGUUGGUGAGAGGGGAAGAGUUGGAGAGAGCAGUGAGGACGUUGAUGGAAAGGGAGGAAGGCAGGAAGGUGAGGGAGAAGAUGAAAGAGAUGAAGGAAUUGGGGAGGAGGGCCAUGGAGGAUGGCGGGUCUUCCGGAACCAGUUUAGCCGAUAUCGUCCAUGAAUGGCUUUCUGGCUCGCUCAUCCCCAGUCCAUGAAAACUCUGUAAAAUCGUUUGUGGCCAGUUCUCAAGUCCUUCUUUUUUCCUUCUUAAUUUUUCUGAAGUGUUGUAGCAUCUAGCGUUACUAUGGAAAAGAUGAUCACCAACUUGCACCGACAAGUAAUAGAAGAGAUCUGCACUUGCAAUCGAUCAUCUUGUAAUCUGAAAUCAAAAUCAAAUGGCUGAGCAGAUUGUCCCCAA